GGCACGCCGCUACUGCUACGGCCGCAAUUCUGUUUAAAGACGCGUAGACCCUCCCUUCGUGUAUCGUCGUUCAGUUCAGUGUACCGAACGGCUUCAUCCGCGAAAGCUGCGGGGCGACCGGGACACGUGUUGCUGCGUGCCGCCCUCAAUAUACGCGAAUCCACGCGAUUUUAUGCAUUGUAACUUCCAAUCACUAAUUUUAUUUUUAAAAUUUUUUUUUCUGGUAUUCGAUCGUAAUUUGUUUAAAUAUCGUUUUAAUUGUCAUUAUCUUUAUCGCGUGCUCGCACGAAAAACAUACCCGUCACACACGCACUGGCUAGUUUGUUUCUCGCUGUCUCGUUCGGUCGUGUCCAAAAAACCGAAUCUGUACAGAAAAAAUCCGAAUUUCCGGCGAAAAUAGAAAUAUUUUUUCCCAAAAACUGACGUCUGUCCCGGAGGUGAAUAACAUCGCACAGGUUGUGACGAGCUGCACCGCGCGCCGUCUCAGCGACCAAUCUGCAGCGAGCGCGACGGUGGCGGUGCAGCCGGCGUUCGCAGUCCGCACGUUUUGACUUCGUGACCAUCCACCUGUUGCCAGUACCGCUUCGGCAGCAGCGGCAUUAGAGGCGCAUCGGCGACUUCGGCCGUAGGAGCAGGAGCGGCAGUCCGAUCCUCGCACGCUGUGCCAUGUCAUCGCACAGCAGCUCCAUGCGGACGUUCCGGAGUUCCGAUUCGGCCAGCGAGAUCGGAUCGUCCGAGACUUCGUUCUCCGAACGGUCUCAACCGUAUUUCGCGUUGUGCUCGCCCCGGUCCAAGUCAUCCGUUAACGUGUCCAGCGGCGGUGGCGUGGCCGCCGUCGCAGCGGAUCCGGGAAGUAGCGUGGUCGGCGGGUCGGGUUCGAUGUCAUCUGGGAUCAAUCACAUCAACCACAACAGCCACAACAACAACAACAACAACAACAACCACAAUAACAACAGCUUUAAGCAGCAGUCGGCGCAACAACCGCCGGCGGUCGCGUACCACAAAAAAAAAAAAAAAAAAAAGUCCAGCGCCAAGGCGGCCAACAAGCCGCGACCCGUCGUCCGCCGGGACCUGGGACACGUAAACUCGUUCCCGGACGCGCACCACAACAUGCACCACAAGACGCCGCCGGGCGCCGGUUCGUCGUCCACGUCGUAUUACACGCCGCCGAGGAGUCCGUCGCUGAGCGUGACCACUCCGACCGACGGGCCGCCGCGCCGCAGCCCCACGACCCCGUCGUCCGCCGGAGUGUUCAAGUUCCCGCCGUCCGCGGGUUUCGCGAACCCCGCCUCUUCGUCGUCCGGCGGCUCGGCCGUCGUCCACCAUUACGGCCGCAGCGGCGGCACAAACCCGAAUACGCCGAGGACGCUGCCCAGGAGUCCGUCCACCGGCAGCGCCGCUACCACCACGUCGUACAACACGAACAGCGACAGCGCGUGCAACACUCACAGGUCAGCGUCUGAUUUAACUGAGUGCACGGAAGAGGAUAUAUCCACGAUGCCAGCGUCGGUUUCUAGACCAUCGUCACCUAGAGGCCGAGGACUAGCUUAUUUAGCGUCACGUCGAAGUAGUCGUGAUUCUCAAUUUUCCAAUGAAGAAUUAGCACCGCUUAACUUUAAUGCCACAGCUCGCGGGAGACAAAGAAGAACAUCUAAUUUUUUGGAACUUCCAGUUCCGGAUCAUGUAAGGCCCCGUGUUUGCAGUCUUCCAGAAAAACCAUACAAUCCAAGAUUUGGAGAUGAGUUGUAUCGACUUCGUACUUUUAGUAUAACUAACAAAGGAGGUGUGGUAAAUUGUGGAGAUAGUAUUAUAAACAGAAGAUCCAGAAGUAAUACCAGCGUCAAUUCAACAACUAGCAAACAUAGUCCUAGUAACCUGAGCGGAAUAUCACCUUUUGACGGUUCGUGUUGUGGUGGAAAUAGCAGUUAUAACGAUCUAAGUUCUGGAGAGUCUAGCGUCGCUGAAGAGAUACCCAAGUACAGAGUGGUGCUUCUUGGCGAGUCUGGCGUCGGAAAAACGGCGUUAGUUUCACAGUUCAUGACAUCUGAAUACAUGAAUACGUACGACGCAUCUUUAGAUGACGAGUUUGGUGAAAAAACCGUUUCCAUACUACUGGAUGGUGAAGAGUCUGAAAUGGUGUUCAUUGAUCACCCUAGCAUCGAGAUGUCGGUAGAAAAUUCAAUCGCAACAUAUGAACCACAUGCUUGCAUUGUGGUUUACUCAGUAGUAUCUAAAGGGUCGUUGAAAGUAGCCGAAGAGAUAUUAAACUAUCUUUGGCAAGAGAAUUACACUCGCGAGAAAACAGUCAUUGUGGUUGGAAACAAAGCAGACUUAAUGAGAGCAAGAUGUAUUACUACCGAAGAGGGAAAACAAUUAGCAUGCUCACGGGAAUGUAAAUUUAUUGAAACUUCUAGCGGUAUUCAACAUAACGUAGACGAGUUGUUAGUCGGUGUGUUGAAACAAAUCCGUCUGCGCGAGACCAGAGAUAAAAAGAAAUUGAAUCAACGGAAAACGGCUAUACACGGAUCGAAAACUUCACUAUCAUUACAUAUCGCUAAGGAAAUAUUGCAGAAAAUGUGUUUACUCGAUUCCAAAUCGAAGUCUUGCGGAAACCUUCACGUACUCUAAAUCAAAUCGAAUAAUAACUAUAUCACUAAUAACUCAAAGUUUUCUGUAUUCCUAUUUUAAAUUUACAAAUUCUCGUAUACUAUAUAUAUGAUAACUAUUUGUGUAUAAACGCGCCUGAAACAAUCCUGACUUACUUUGUACUUACUUCUUUACAGGGAUGGAGUGGGUGAGGCACUAUACGGUUUAGUAACCAUGUGAUAUUUGUAAAAAAUGCCUAUCGAUUGAUGAUUUAAGCCGACUUUAUACAGGGCGUCGGUCUAUUUUUAAGUGACUGGCAAAAGGGCUGUUGCUGUAAAAACAUUUAUCACUUUUUUCGGUAUAUUCCUAGAUAUACUAUUUUUGUAAUUUCGCGAUCUUACUGAAACAAAAACGCGAAUGUUUUUAAAACGCUUCCAGGACCUUGUUAUCUUAUCAAGGCCGGGGGGACUAAUCCUCCGCCCUUCUUUAUUGACUGUUCUAUUUUUUCCUGUGAUAUAAUAUUAUACACAUAAACAUUUCAAUUCUAGUCUCCAUCGAUCAUUU